AUGAAUGAGAUCAAAGAACCGAGCUCCGCGGGCGCGGCCCGCACCCCGGGAAAGAAGAAAAGCGACAAGAAGAAACGUCCGCGCCGCGUGCUCACGAAACAUCCUUUCGGGCUCCUGCCCUCCGGAAACGCGUUCUUUCUCUCGGCGGUGGUGCCUCGGGAGCCAUCGCUCGGCUCGCUCGCGGACCUCGACGACGGCUCGUUGCUCGUUUUUCUCUCCACGCUGGCGGAAUUCCUGCCGCUCUCCUCGCUCCUCUCGCUCUCGUGCGUCUCGAAGUUCAUGCUCGCCGCUCUGCUUGAUGAAGAACUGUGGCAGACUCUUCUCCUCACGCGCUUCCACGGGGGGCGAGGCGCCCAUCUCCCGGGCGCGAGCGCGGGCUACGCCUGCGUCGUCUCCGGCGGCCCUUCUGCACGCGAAAACGGCGAAACUGGAAAACCCGAAACUUGCGGAGACGACGGCGAAACCGCGGGAAGCAGCAAGGGAGGAGAGAAUGCAGCGACCACGCCUGGCGCGGAGGGAGGCGCGUCUUCCUUCUCCUCGGCUGAGAAGCAGGACACGAAACCCGAUGGAGCUGCCUCGGCUGCAUGCGAGUGGAAGUGGCGAGGCACCUGGAAGCGCUCGUACAUCUGCGCGGAGCGACAGCGGCUCCGAGGCCUGAGCCCAACCGGUGCCUCCUCUCUCUCUUCUUCUGCUUCUUCUCCUUCGUUGCCUUCUGAGAGGGCAACGGGGGCCUGCAACGCGGAAGAGAACUCGAUCGAAACUUCGCAACGCGAGGAGAAAGCGCUGCUGCCUGUCCUCCAAGGCGUUUGCUCAGACACGCUGUACCAGCGCUGGCUGUGCGCAACUGUCGACGUCAGCAGCUUGUAUUAUAAGGAUCGCGACACUCUGGAGAGAGUCUCGGCGAAGGAGCUCAGCGUGGAGGACUUCGUUGAGCGCUACGAGAAGCCUAACAAACCUGUGGUUGUGACGGAUCUAGUGCCUCAGUGGAAGGCUUUCGGCAAAUGGAACGAGGCCUAUUUUCGACGACAUUUCAGCCGCGUGCGCUUCAACGCUGGAGCGGCCUCCGACCUGCCUCUGGAGACGUUCUACGACUACGCGCACGCCAACAUCGAUGAAGCGCCACUCUUCAUCUUUGACCCGAAUUUCGGGGAAUCAACUCGAGUGGCCAUCUCUUCUUCUAGUUCUACUUCUUUAGUGCCUUCUUCUGUUUCUUCUGUCUCCCCUGGCUCGAGUGACGCGGAGCGGCCUGCGCAAGGAAAUCGUGCUGAGGGCGCUAUGAAGGAAACCAUGCCUCCGUCUCACAACGCACGUGAGGACGUGCGGUCGCUUGCAGAGGACUACGAAGUCCCGCCUUACUUCGCAGACGACCGCGAUCUAUUCGCCUGCCUCGGCAAACGCCGCCCGAACUUCAGGAAAGUGCCUCGCUCGUCUUUCGUCUGCUUCCUGUGGCUGCUGGUGGGCAACGCGCGCUCGGGCUCCAAAUGGCACGUCGAUCCGAACCAGACGAGCGCGUGGAACGCAGUAGUUAAGGGGAGAAAGAGGUGGAUUUUCCUCCCUCCCGACACGCCGCCGCCAGGCGUUUUUCCGUCGGCAGACGGCGGCGAAGUCACGCAGCCGGUCUCGCUCGUCGAGUGGAUGAUGAACUACUACUUCGAUGCGCUCCACGCGCCUGGCUUCCCCUACACAGGCGGCGUGGCUCCCAUCGAAGGGUCCGUCUCGGCGGGCGAGUUGGUCUUUGUGCCGCAGGGUUGGUGGCAUUGCGUGUUGAACGAGGAAGACGACACGAUCGCCGUCACUCAAAACUUCGUGUCGGCGACCUUCUUGCAAAACGUGCGCACCUUUCUUCACCACAAAACAGACCAAAUCUCCGGCGCGGAGGCGAGCGCGUGCGACGGCGCACAGGAUGAAAAGAAGAGAAAAGAAGAGGAAGGAGACGGCGGCGGCAGCUUCUGGAAGAGACUGAAGAAGAAGAGCCGCACGGUGGUCGUGGGGCGCGAGGCUGCCUAG